UCGCAGCCUCAUUGUCCAUUAUAUUGCCAUACAUGUUUCUUUUCCAGUGUGUAUCUGUGUGUGUGUUUUUUUUCUUUCUUUGUGGCAGAACUUUUUCAGCUAUAGCCUAAAUUAAAGCAAUCCCUCAUCGCGAUUCUUUUGUCCUGAUUUGGGAUCUUUAAACGUGGCCUCUAACUACGAAUGAUCUUUCAGAAGAUCGACUAGAAGGUUCUUGCUGUAGCCUCCCUUGGGAUUUGGAAGAGGGGAUUUUUUUUUUUUUUUUUGGAAAAAAGAAAGAUUUCAAGAAGCUCAUGGAAGAUCCAGAUCAAUUCCUUCAUGCACGAGGAGACUCGAUUGCUAGGGUUUCCAUGCUUUAGUUUUAAGAUCAGGAGUCGUUAUUUUUUACUACUUAAAACACUUGUAAGAUCUCAUGAGCUUUGAUGCAUUCUUACAAAAUUCAGUGGAACACGAUAAAUGGAUCGGUCAACAAAGAAUUUGUUUAUUUUUUAUUUUACAGAAUUAAUACCUCUUUUUCUUGGCUGCAGGUUGGGGUUCCAUGCAAGAGGCUUCUGGACACAGUGACCGUCAAGUGUGGCCACUGCAACCAUCUCUCCUUCCUUAGCCCUAGGCCCAUCCAGCAACCCUUAACUCUGGCUGAACAUCCAACCAGCCAACUCCAGGUUCAUUGCUCCGAUUGCCUGAGGGUUUCACCGCCGUCGUCGUCCUUCUCCAGUGAGUCAAUGAUCCAAAAACCACCCUUCGUUGUGAAACCUCCUGAGAAGAAACACAGGAUGCCUUCUGCUUACAAUCGCUUCAUGAAGGAGGAAAUACAGAGAAUCAAAGCUGCUCAGCCUGAUAUUCCUCACAGAGAAGCAUUUAGCAUGGCAGCAAAGAAUUGGGCGAAAUGCGAUCCUCGUUGCUCGACGACAAUCGCUUCAACCUCCGAGAGCAAGAAGCUAUCUCCGAUCUCCGAAGUGGAAAGGAGCAACAGCUUCGACAGGACUGAAAACUCCAAAGUUUAUGAUCAUGGUGAAAAGGAGGAUUAGGUUCCGACCGACACAUAUAUGGAGCUGUUCCUCUAGUGGUGUGCUUAUGGGUGUUCAAUUUUUGUUGGAUCUUCUACUCUCUACACAAUGAAGCAUAUCUCUAGCUAGUGUUGUAGUAUUCUAAUUUCUAGUUCUGAUCCAUGCAUUGCAAAUGAAAGGGAGCAAUUAAUAUGGAUGUGGCUCCUCAAUAUAAUAUGAACCUGUUUAUUCAGUUUUACUGAGAGAUCUCAAGUAAGAGGCUUAAUGCAUGCCAAAUAUAUUUUGUGUUCA